GCAGGCGAACUGUACCAGGACGACAUAAUGUUGACCCCCCGACAGAAGGCCAUCCUCCAGGGCCAGGUCAGGGGCCAGGCCAGCCUCAUCUAUCGCUGGCCAGAGGGCAAUGAUGGCUACCCCCUCGUCCCCUACCAGUUUAUUGAUGGGGUGGACGAGGCGAGCGUCACUGCAGGCAUCCAACACUGGGAAUCAAAGACGUGUAUCAAGUUUGAGCAGCGACAGGGCACCACCGGCCCACACAUCAAGUUCGAGGUGCUCAGUGGGUGUUGGUCUCAUAUAGGCUACCUGGGAUGGGAUGCAGACCACGUCAAUGGCCAGACUGUGUCCAUAGGGUCUGGCUGUUCCUCGCUGGGUGUAGUGGCUCAUGAGAUCGGACACGCCAUAGGGCUGUUCCACAUGCAGUCAUCGCCCACCAGAGACGACUUCGUGUUGGUACUCUACGACAACAUACUGGACGGGAAAUCCUCAAACUUCGAUAAAAAGACAGUCCAACAGACCAACUACCACGGCGUUCCUUAUGACUACACCUCAAACAUGCACUACAGUAGUUUUGUAAGUUACUGUACCCUCUGUAUUACCUUGAGUCAGUAA